AACGGCAAAACUCCCCUAUUUCUUGCAGCACAGGAGGGCCACACCGAGGUCGUCGAGGCACUCCUCGCUGCUGGUGCCAACCCCAACACCUUUGACCGGAAAAACCAGAGGUCUUGUAUUCACCAAGCCGCUCGGGGCGGCCAUGUCGAAUGUGUCCGCCUCCUCCUCUCAAAGGACGCUAGCACAGACGGUAUGGACAUUAACGGCGCAACACCGUUUAAACUCGCCUCCUGCUUUCACGGCCAUCUAGACGUUGUCAAGUUGUUGGUGAAUGGGGGCGCUGCCGUGAACGACGCUUUGUCGAGUAGCCAGCGGCAGCCCAUCUACCAAGCCCCGGAGAACGGGCACCCGAGGCUUAUGCAGUCUCUACAUAGCCGGGACGCUAAUAUCGUUCGCAGAGAGCUCAAAGGAGCGUCGCCGCUGUGGAUAGCCAGUCAGAAGGGCCACACUAAAAUCGUCAAGUUCCUCUUGGAGCACAAGGCGAGCCCCGGCCCACGAACCCUCGAGCCCCCCUCUUAUCUUUAUCCCGACGCGGCCAACAGCCACCAAGUCGAGGCGGCUUGGCCACCGCUCAUAAUCGCUGCCCAGGAGGGACACUUGGGCAUUGCUGAAAUGCUACUAAAUGAAGGGGCAAAACCUGCCGUCCGCUCUUCCAGCGGGAUGCAGCCCAUCCACCAAGCUGCGGAGAACGGCCACCUCGAAAUGGUACGGCUUCUGGUUGCCUGGGGUUCCGAUGCUGACUGCCAAUGUCCCGGCCGGGGAGGGCUCAACAUCACGCCACUAUGGCUUGCUUCGCAAGGUGGGCACGAUGCCAUCGUCGAGUUCUUGUUGGAGAAGGGCGCC